AUGUGUUUCUUUCUAACAGUAAUUGCGGGUUUUCGAGGAACUGUCCCUCAUGGCUUAUCACUGGAGAUUGGAGACACUGUUCAAAUACUAGAGAAAUGUGAUGGUUGGUACAGAGGAUUUGCCUUAAAGAACCCAAAUCUCAAGGGUAUCUUCCCAUCUAACUAUAUCCACUUGAAAAAUGCAUGUGUUAAGAACAAAGGGCAAUUUGAAAUGGUUGUCCCGACAGAAGACUCUGUUAUCACAGAGAUGACAUCAACUUUAAGAGACUGGGGCACAAUGUGGAAACAACUUUAUGUGAGAAAUGAAGGGGACCUCUUUCACCGACUAUGGCACAUAAUGAACGAAAUCCUAGACCUACGACGUCAGGUACUAGUGGGCCAUCUUACCCAUGAUAGGAUGAAGGAUGUCAAACGGCACAUCACAGCUCGCUUGGACUGGGGCAAUGAACAACUGGGAUUAGACUUGGUUCCAAGAAAAGAGUAUGCUAUGGUGGAUCCAGAGGAGAUCAGCAUUACAGAGCUUUAUAGACUGAUGGAGCAUCGUCAUAGAAAGAAAGAUUCUCCAGUGCAAGUAAGCAGUCACCAUCUCUUUGUUCAGAUGAAGAGUUUGAUGUGCUCCAAUCUGGGAGAAGAACUGGAAGUUAUCUUCUCGCUUUUUGAUAGUAAAGAGAAUCGACCAAUCAGUGAACGGUUUUUCCUAAAACUGAACCGGAAUGGCUUGCCAAAAUGUCCAGAGAAGCCAGAAAGACAUUGUUCUCUCUUUGUGGAUUUAGGAACCAGUGAACUCAGGAAGGACAUCUAUAUCACUGUGCACAUUAUACGCAUAGGCCGAAUGGGAGCUGGUGAAAAGAAAAAUGCUUGCAAUGUGCAGUACCGACGACCGUUUGGCUGUGCAGUCCUCAGCAUAGCAGAUUUGCUGGCAGGCGACACAAAAGAUGACCUUAUCCUAAAAGUGUACAUGUGCAACACAGAGAGUGACUGGUACCAGAUCCAUGAAAACAUCAUCAAAAAACUAAAUGCUCGUUAUAACUUAACAGGAUCCAAUGCUGGCCUGGCUGUAUCUCUUCAACUGCUACAUGGAGACAUUGAACAAAUCAGAAGGGAGUAUACAUCCAUGUUUACCCAUGGUAUAUCGAUAACAAGGAAGCUGGGUUUUUCCAAUAUUAUCAUGCCUGGUGAAAUGAGGAAUGAUUUAUAUAUCACAAUAGAAAGAGGAGAGUUUGAGAAAGGAGGGAAAAGUGUGGCAAGAAACGUGGAAGUAACAAUGUUCAUUGUGGAUAACACUGGUCAAAUUUUAAAGGAUUUCAUCUCCUUUGGCUCUGGAGAACCACUAGCUACUGAAUUCCACUCCUUUGUGUUGUACCACAAUAACAGUCCCCGGUGGGCUGAGCUGCUGAAACUUCCUAUUCCUGUGGAUAAAUUCAGGGGAGCACACCUUCGUUUUGAAUUCCGGCACUGUUCCACAAAAGAAAAGGGGGAGAAGAAGUUGUUUGGUUUUUCUUUCGCCCCUUUGAUGCAGGAAAAUGGAAGGACGCUGCCAGAUGGCACUCAUGAGCUCAUUGUGCACAAGUGUGAAGAAAAUGUAAGUCUUCAGGAUACCAGUCGCUACCUCAAAUUUCCUUUUUCGAAGGGACACCUCCUUGGGAACAACCAUCCUGCAGUAAAAACAACUAAGGAGUCCUUCUGGAUUACAUCUUUCCUGUGUUCAACUAAGCUCACACAAAAUGGGGACAUGCUUGACCUUCUCAAAUGGAGAACCCAUCCAGAAAAAAUAGCCGGUUGCCUCUCAAAACUGAAAGAAAUAGAUGGCUCGGAAAUAGUAAAGUUUCUCCAAGAUACCCUAGACACUUUAUUUGGGAUUUUGGAUGAGAAUUCUCAAAAGUAUGGAUCUCAAGUAUUUGAUUGUUUGAUUCACAUAAUAAAUUUGCUGCAGGACAGCAAGUUUCAUCAUUUUAAGCCAGUUAUGGACACCUACAUUGAGAGUCAUUUUGCUGGAGCUCUUGCAUACAGAGACCUCAUCAAAGUUUUCAAGUGGCAUGUUGAUCGAAUAACAGAAGUGGAGAGGCAAACACACAACCAGGACGUAUUAAAGGCACAAGAAUAUAUAUUUAAAUAUAUAGUUCAGUCUCGAAAGUUGUUCUCUCUUGCUACUGGAGGACAAAACGAGGAAGAAUUCUGCUGUUGUAUUCAGGAGCUUCUGAUGUCUGUGCGAUUCUUCCUUUCGCAAGAAACCAAAGGGGCUACUGCUUUAUCUCAGGCCCAAGCAGUCUUUCUCAGUUCCUUCCCAGCUGUAUAUUCAGAGCUGCUGAAACUCUUUGACAUGAGAGAAGUGGCAAACUUAGUACGUGAUACUCUAGGAAGCUUGCCAACCAUCACAAAUGCAGAUGAAUCCCUUCAAGCUGUAAAGCUUCAGUGCAUUGGAAAGGUAGUGGAGAGUCAGCUCUACGCCCAUCCAGAAUCCCGGUAUAUUCUACUCCCUGUAGUUCUGCAUCACCUCCAUGUGCAUCUGCAAGAGCAAAAGGAUCUGAUCAUGUGUGCACACAUCCUUAGCAACAUAUUUUGUUUCAUCAAGAAAAAUAGUUCCGAAAAGUCAGUUUUGGAAGAAAUAGACAUAAUUGUGAACAGUCUGCUGGAUAUACUGCUAAGAACCAUUUUGGAGAUUACAAGCCGACCUCAGUCAGCAGGGUCUGCAACAAGACUUCAGUUUCAGGAUGUUACUGGAGAAUUUGUGUCAUGUCUGUUGUCUUUAUUACGGCAAAUGACCGACAGGCAUUACCAGCAACUUCUUGAUAGAUUCAAGACGCGGGAUGAGCUGAGAGAUUUCUUGUUGCAAAUAUUUACUGUAUUUCGAAUAUUACUACGGCCUGAGAUGUUUCCAAAAGAUUGGACAGUGAUGCGUUUAGUUGCUAACAAUGUUAUUAUUACAACAGUGUUAUACCUUUCGGAUGCCCUUCGUAAAAACUUCUUAAAUGAAAGUUUUGAUUACAAGAUUUGGGAUUCCUACUUUUAUCUUGCAGUCAUUUUUAUCAACCAGUUAUGUCUGCAGUUAGAAAUGUUUACACCUUCCAAGAAGAAAAAAGUAUUGGAAAAGUACGGCGAUAUGAGGGUCACAAUGGGAUGUGAAAUAUUCAGCAUGUGGCAAAAUUUAGGAGAACACAAAGUCCACUUCAUCCCAGCGCUGAUUGGCCCUUUCUUAGAAGUGACACUGAUACCUCAACCUGACCUACGGAAUGUAAUGAUUCCUAUUUUCCAUGACAUGAUGGACUGGGAACAAAGGCGCAGUGGCAACUUUAAACAGGUAGAGGCAAAACUGAUUGACAAGCUGGAUAGCUUGAUGUCGGAGGGCAAAGGUGACGAAACUUACCGAGAACUCUUCAACAGUAUAAUUCCACUCUUUGGUCCUUAUCCCAGCCUGUUGAAGAAAAUUGAACGAGAAACAUGGAGAGAAAGUGGCGUCUCAUUAAUUGCUACUGUAACCCGCCUAAUGGAGAGGCUGCUGGACUACAGAGACUGCAUGAAAAUGGGUGACGUGGAUGGCAAAAAGAUUGGAUGUACUGUCAGCUUGUUGAAUUUUUAUAAGACAGAAUUGAAUAAGGAAGAAAUGUAUAUUCGGUAUAUACAUAAACUGCACGAUUUGCACCUAAAAGCACAAAACUUUACAGAGGCUGCUUACACACUGUUGCUGUAUGAUGAGCUGCUGGAAUGGUCAGACCGGCCACUGAGAGAAUUCUUAAACUAUCCCAUGCAAACAGAGUGGCAACGUAAAGAAUAUCUUCAUCUCACUAUUAUCCAGAACUUUGACAGAGGAAAAUGCUGGGAGAAUGGCAUUAUCCUAUGCAGAAAGAUCGCGGAGCAGUAUGAGAGCUAUUAUGACUACAGAAACCUCAGCAAGAUGCGGAUGAUGGAAGCUUCUUUUUAUGAUAAAAUUAUGGAUCAACAGCGUUUGGAGCCAGAGUUUUUCAGAGUUGGAUUUUAUGGGAAAAAGUUUCCUUUUUUCUUACGAAACAAAGAAUUUGUCUGCCGAGGACAUGACUAUGAACGCUUGGAGGCUUUCCAACAACGGAUGUUAAAUGAAUUCCCACAUGCCAUUGCUAUGCAACAUGCCAAUCAGCCAGAUGAGACCAUCUUUCAGGCAGAAGCACAGUGUAUCCUCUUCCUGGACAGUACUAAAUCCUUAAAUGAAUCAAUUAGAAAUAAUAAAAUUAUAUGGGGAUUAAGAAUAAAGGGCGCAGAAUUUAUACUCCAGUCCUUCACAGAUGACCUUAUAUUUAUUCUCAUGGAGCCCCUGUCCUCCAUUAAUCCUCUACUUGAUGAAAUCGCAAAAAAUGGCAGAGCAGCAGGUCUAAAAAUAAAUAUCCAUAAGACUAAAAUAAUCACCAAGAACUGUUCUCAAGAUAUUAUAGAGAGGUUAGAACAGGAAACCAAAAUAAAGGUAAUUGAUGAGAUAAAAUAUUUGGGUAUAGUAAUGACAAAUAAGAACAGCAUGUUAAAGGAAAAUAACUAUCAAAAAUUGCUGGAAGAUGUAAAGAAAGACCUCCAUAGAUGA